UUGAACAAUUGUUAAAUAUGAAAAUGAAAUAAAUAAAGACAAUUUAAAGUAACAUUUGAUAUAUAUUGAAUGAAACGGAAACUUAAGCAUGCUUAUAAAAUAUCAAAAACCUCCUUCUUUCCACCUCAUAUUUUUGUUUUGAACCAUUAACUAAAUCAACCCCACUUAGAAAAGACUCCACCAUUCAUCAUUGACUUCACAACCUACUCAAAAAUACCUCAUCAUAUCCAUGGAACAAGAACAUCAUCUUCAAACAGAUGCCCAACCUACAGAUGAACCAAUCAGUACUGGCAGCUACUGUAUCGAAAUCCAAUCAUCAUCUAACACCAACAUACCAGAAUCACCAACUAAUAUCACCAUCCAUGCCCUCCAUAUUUCCAUGCUCCUCCAAAAUGAUAUUCAAGGGUUCAUGUCACAAGAUAUCAACUUGUCCGAUCUUCGUUCGGAUACUAAUAAAAACUCAAUUUUUCAUUUAGCAGCGAGUAUUGGACGAUCAGAGUUCAUUAAUGAGUUCGCCAAUGAUAAUCGAAUGCUUCUAACGUUACCGAACUUGAAUGGUGAUCUUCCAAUUCAUGUUGCAGCAAGGGCUUGCCAGUUUGAGGUUGUUAAAAAUUUGGUUAGGGUUUCUGAAGAGAUUGGCUCGAUGUUGGAGGCUAAAAAUGAGGAGGGGAAUACGGCUCUGCAUAUUGCAUUAGAGAAUCAGCAACAGGAUAUGGCUAGCUUUUUGUUUAAAAAAUGCCCGAAAACAUUUUAUAGCACCAACACACACAAGAUUUCUCCUCUUUAUUUGGCUAUUAAAGCUGAAUUUUGGGAUCUUGUGAAUGAUAUGCUUGAUCGUGGUACAACUGACACUGAGGCUGACACUGAUGAGGCUGAGACUCAUUUAAUGAAUGGGUACUCUGUUAUCCAUGCUGCAAUUGUUGCCGAAAAUAUAGAUAUCAUGAAAAAGAUACUCGACCUUUCUUCGGAUUUAAUAAUGUACCUAGAAGAUGAACAGAAAAGGUAUCCAAUAUCAUAUGCUGCUUACACAGGCUUUCUUGAAGGCGUUAAAUAUAUCCUCCAAACCUAUGAAAAUGAAGCCCUUAAAAUGGAUGCUAAUGGUUGGUACCCAAUUCAUUGGGCUUGUAGUGGAGGCUACCUAAAAAUAGUGAAGUAUUUUUUCUUCUCGAACUUACCUAAAAAGACAUGGUUACUUCUAACCGAAAACGGACAAAGUAUUCUUCACGUUGCAGCAGCAUGCGGAAGAACAGAGAUUGUUAAGUUUAUUUUACGACAACCCGAAUGCGCGACGAUGAUCAACAUGAAAGAUAAAAAUGGAAAUACUCCUUUGCAUUUGGCUUCCAUGGGAAAACAUCCUUGUGUUGUUUAUGCAUUCACAUGGGAUGAUAGGGUUUUGUUGAGACUUCAAAAUAAUAAAAGAGAAACUGCUCUUGACUUGGCUCACAAUUAUGGGGAGUAUGCAUCGUUUAAAGAGCGAAUGACAUGGAUAUCCUUAAGAUACGCGGGAGUUCCAAACGCCCCACAAUAUCACUACUUUAAUGACGUACUUAUAAUGGAGCCGACCAUGGUGAACACUACCCCUAGUAACCACAAUAACAGCACAUCCACAGCUUUCUACAUAGUCGGAGACCAACAAGCCCACCCCCUAGUCAAUAACAAUUCCUACAAGAAAAGGACUAAAUACAAGGAAAGAAUCAAAACACUCCUAUUGGUUGCCACUCUCGUAGCCACCGUCACAUUCGCUUGUGGAUUCAGCAUCCCAGGUGGUUAUAAAAAUGACAAUCCCAACUCAGGGACGGCUACCUUGGCUCGUAGACUUGCCUUUCAAGUGUUCGUUGUUACUGACAUUCUCGCCAUGUGUAGUGCCAUUCUCUCGGUCAUUUCACUAUUUUGGGCUCAUUUGGAUGAUCUAAGUCUUGUGCUCUUGUCGCUACGCUUUGCGCUGCCUUUGCUUGGAUUCUCUCUAGCCAUGAUGUUGGUUGCAUUCAUAUCAGGUUUUUAUGUAACGGUUCACACGUUAGUUCCUUGGUUAGGUGUUGUAGUCUUAUUUAUAGGAGGCUUCUUUAUAUGUACACUUUUGAUUUUUUAUAUUCCUCUCUUUUUACCUUUGUCUCGUAUUAGGAAUAAGUGUUUACGUUAUUUAAUUCAUAUUCCCUUUACCCUUAUGUUAUUAGCUUGUGAUAAGGGUAAGAGUGGACCACAUUAUUCAUUUUAAUUAUAUUUUUCUUAAGAUCAUCAAUUUUUGUUUUAUUUAACUGGUAAAUGUAAAAUAUUAUUACCUUUGUUGGAUAUUGUGGCACAUAAUCUUAUUUAGUUUUAGUUUGUGAAAUGUAUUGUGAGUUUUUUUUUUGCCAUGCUUGGGAGUUGGGAUAAUAUGAAUUAGGUUACUACAAAAAUGUUAGAACAAAUUAUGUUGUUAGCUAAUCAGAAGCACUCUUUGUUGAGCAUUUGAUGUAUGCACUUUAUACUAUAUUUUUAUGCUCCUUUCCCUUGCAUUUUAUGGCAUUUUGAUGUGUGAUUUCGCAUUUUCCAUGUGGUUUUACGCUUGGUUGGAGUUUUUGUGUGUCUUUGAUUAUUUCAGGCCAUUUUACUCCACUCUUAUAUUGGAAGCGGAUCACUUCUGAGCAUUAGGAUGCGUGCUUCGAGAUUUGGCAGAGUUCGAGACCGCACUACGGCACUUUUGUGAGCUCACGGGUCCAUUCGGAUAUGCUUUUAGUCCCAUUGGGUCUCGUUUGUACUUUUGUCGUGUUCUAAUGAAGAAAAAUAAGCACAUAAUGAUGGGCCCGGGUGGGUAUUUUCAUAACCGAGCGAUUUCAAUUGAGAAAUAGGAAUGUAAGCCUCCAAGCCCAGGACCCGGUCGGGUAUACUCUAAAUCCGGUCGGGUCUGUCAAUAAUCACUUGCAUGAAUGCUCAGCUUACGGACCCGGUCCGGUCUUGCCUAAACCUGGUCGGGUCCUGCGAUUUCUGCUCUCUGAAAACUCCCAGCAUACGGACCCGGUCCGGUCUUCCAGAAACCUGGUCCGGUCCUGCUUUAAUAACCGUUUUUCGCACGGUUUAUAUUUUAUCAUUAGGGAAUGUAAUAGACGAGGAGAGACGUUGUUCCUUUUUCUUUUUCUCUGUAUUGAGGGUUUGGUA